AUGGACAACAGGGCCCAACGAUUCGAGGAUGAGAAGCGGCGCAUCAUCGAGAGCUGCUUCAUCAAGAAGGAUGUAGACGGAUCGUUGCUCGAGACAUACAUCACCCACAUUCGAAUUACCGAGUACUCCUCCCAUCCGACCUCUCCCCCGCCGCCUCAAGCACGAACCCCCGAAUCACAGAAACCCCGCGUCAUUGUCGUUGCAGUGCGAAAAAGUGGCCGAGUGCGUAUGCACAAGACAAAAGAGAACGCCAACGGCUCCUUCUCAAUUGGAAAGACUUGGAACCUCGAUGACCUAUCCGCCAUAGAGUCCUUCACAGGGCCGCCGGCCAACCCGACCUUCCGCGAAUGGGCCGGUGAUACCGGCUUCAUCGUCACCAUCGGCAAGCCGUAUUUCUGGAAUGCGCAGUCGGACAAGGAAAAGAAGUUCUUCAUCGCCAGCCUGGUUAAGAUCUAUGGCAAAUAUACGGGAGGUAAGGUCCCCGAGUUAUCGGGCUUCGACCAGGCCGAGAUGGCCCAAAUCCUAAGAAACGAACGACGACCACCACCGCCCGCACAGGCUGCCUUCAGACCUCCUGCGAUGCCCGAUGCUGCUACUAGUCAGACCAGCCUCGGCGCUCCGAAUGCGCCCUCAAACUAUGGCACUCCCUCGCCUGGCCCGCCAGGCCCGCGCCGACCACCACCUCUCAAUGGAAUGGCCAAUAGUUCACCAGCGGGAAGCAUGGCUUCUUCAUUCUCACAAGAUCCCCCUACGCUGAGAAGAUUUGGAAACAAGAGCCAGGAAUCCUUCUCGCCUUCCCUGGGAGGCAGAAGCGACGAUACGGGCAGCAUGCCGCCACGCUCACGAAAUGGCAUGCCUGGGCCUGGGGCCUUAGGUAGAUUCGGUGAGCCAAUACAAGAGCCUGGACUGGGACCACCUCCACCAAUCUCCGAAGAGGGAGGUAGACCACCGGAGAGGAAGAGACCACCGAUGGACCCGGCAAGGCCACAGGGACAAGGCUUCAACGACAGAGACCUGGUUCCUGCGCCGUUAGUGAGCCCGGGUAUGCGACGAGAUCAAGUUGCCCCUCCUCCAAGGAGCACAGCCAGGAAAAACUCCCUUUCGCAAAGGUCAGACGCAGGUUCCUACAGGGACAAUCGACCAGUCACACCCCUCACACCUGGAGACCCAGGUGCACCAGAUGUUCCUCUUGCACUCAGAACCCCGACGCGAAAUGGGGCCACGCCCACAAGACAGCCUCCACCGCCUGAAAUUCCCGUGCCUCCUGCGCCUGUUUCUCCCAUCGCACCGACUCCGCCUCCAGCCCCUCCUUCGGCACCUAUAGCUGCGGUCGAGGAAACCAUCCCCGAGGAGCCUCCAGCUGCCGAUCCUACCCCUGAGCCUGAGGCGUCUGCGGAAAAAGAAGAUGAGAACCGGCCCGGUUUGGGACCGAUGAUCAAAGCGAAGAAAUCCAAGAACGACCUUGCUGGUGUGCUCUGGAAGGCUGCCUCCGCCGCCUCAGCUUUCAAGCCUCGGCCUGGUGGUGCGGGUGAAAGACUUCGACAACUGGCAACAAAGAGCACUGAACCCGCUGAGGGAAUCACAACAGUCUUUCAACCUCCGCCUCGACCAGCCUCUUCUGACGGCCCCAAAGUCACAUCUCCAGAUCCUGCAGUCGAAGAAACUGCUCCACCUGUAGAACCUCCCAAACGCACAUCUGGCGUGCCUGAGGUCAAGGUCACUGUGCCUAACUCUGAUCGACCAACGAGUCUGCAACCUUCGACCCAGGAAGUCAUUACUGUUAAGAAACCAGAAGAACCAGCCGCCAAAGAGGAGAACAGCAAAUCGAUAGUUGCCGGUAAUGACGCCAAGUAUCUUGCAUCACUUGGCAUUGAUCACACAGUCUUGGAUAACAAGGGCGGCGAAUUCACAAAGUGGCUCGACUACUUUGGCUGGGUCCCUGGCGAGCAAAUGAGAUCUCGCAAUGUGGACGAGAUGAGGACAGACCUCGAGCGAGAGCUCAACAAAGCACAAGCAGGUGGCUGGCUUGCCCGAUUCCAGGAAGAGGAUGAUCGUGUCGAGGCUAUCAAACGCGGCAUCGAUCUGGCAGUCGCUGAGUGUGAAGAAAUGGAGAACCUUCUGACUCUGUACAGCGUUGAGCUUUCGACUCUUUCUGAUGAUAUCGCGUAUAUUGAGGCCCAAGGCCAGGGUCUGCAAGUGCAGACUGCUAAUCAGAAGUUGCUCAAAAAAGAGCUCGAAUCUCUCCUUGAGACAACUACUAUUACCUCUGCUGACCUCAACGCUUUGAGAGCGGCACCCCUUGAGGAUCUUAACGGUCUCGAAGAUAUCGAGAUGUCUCUGGUUACUCUCUACAAGGCUAUGAUCAAGAUUGAUCCCACAUUACUAGGGGGCGAACCGCGAAAGAGCGAAGAUCUUGGCGGAGGAGUUGAUCAAGCCGUGGGUCUCGAUAACACUGACUAUGGUAAAAUGAGAAUUGUACAGGAGAAGAAGGAGAUGUACCGACAGGAAAGCGCUUUCUUUUCACGGCGGUUGGUCGGUUACAUGGCUCAACAAUUCGAUGUGGCCUAUAACGAAGUCAACAGAGCACUUCGCGAAGCUCUUUCCAGAAAGGUGGACUCUCGCCACCACGACACCGGUCGCGACAUGUUGUGGAAGUACAGUCCCUUAAUCAAAUACGCCAAAGACGUCGAUCUCGCCAACUGGGAUCGCAUGAUCCAGGUCUACCAAGACAAGAGUCAACCGGUCUACAAGAACGAAUUUCGCCAGGUCUUGGAGGCAUGGAAGCGCAAUGCGCGCAAGAUGACCGCUGAAGAAACGUCCGAGCUCCUGUUCACAUUUGAAGUCGAGAAGCAACAGGAAGGCAAAGCGACCACUGUCAGGAAGCUCACUGUCAAGCGUAGUCAAACAUUGGCCAAGAGUCUGCGUUCGCCUAUCGACACCAGCAGCAGGACUAAUUUGAAAGAGCCGAGCGAGAACCGAAGCCUCCCUUACGAGGUAUUUGGCCAGGUGUUGGACGACCUUUUACCAUUGGUUGAGAUGGAGCAGAAUUUCAUUAUUGACUUCUUCCAUGCCACCACUUUGGAGCAAUCCGACUUCCCCGACCUGGUCGCAGCAAGCAGACCGUCAGAACGGAGAGGUGGCGACUUGCGUCGCCAUCGCCUGAUGGAGCCUGACCGCGAUCUUGCUCGACGAGUCACCAAGGGUAUGGAGGUGAUUUUCAUUUCCCUCGAAACAGAGAUCGCCAGGCUCAUUGAAUGGGUCAUCCAAGCCGAUCCUUUACAAGGUGCUGGUGUCCUGGCUGUUCUUGAGCGGAACCUGGUAGACAUCCAACAGUCCAAUCAAGACUUUCUCAACGCACUGCUCCAGAAGCUCCACGAUGUCCUGGAGUCCCGUUUCAAGAAGUUCGUCGACGAGCAAAUCCGCGCCAUCGAGGAAACUAAGGUGAAGAUUAAUAAGCGCAAGGGCGUUAUUUCGUUCAUUCGCGUCUUUCCGCAGUUCUCCAACGCCGUGGAAAACAUCCUAUCGGGUAUCGACCCGAACCUGGCUGUGCGUAAGACUGUCGACCGCGAGUAUGACCGCAUCCUCAAGUCCAUGUUCGACUCGCUCAAGAUCAUUGCUCGUGAGAACCCGGCAGUCAGCGUCGGUGCGGCGGGUGCGGAUCCAGAAGACAAGGAGGCGCUCAACUUCCAUAUCUUGCUCAUCGAGAACAUGAACCACUUCCUCGAGGAAGUCAACACGCACGGCCUCAAUGUCCUCGACGACUGGCGCGAGGCUGCGACAGGCGAGCUGAACGAGCACAUGAGCCUGUACUUGAACGCAGUAAUGCGGCGCCCCCUGGGCAAGCUCCUCGAGUACGUUGAGAACAUCGAAGGCCAGCUACAGUCGGGCAAACCCGGCUCGAGCAUCGCCUCGCAGCCGUCCAACUCCAAGGCCACUUUCCACAAGGUGUUGGCGACGUACGACUCGCGUGAGGUCCGCAAGGGUAUCGAGACGCUGCGCAAGCGCGUUGAGAAGCACUUUGGCGACGCGGACGACCCUGCUCUCAGCCAGAAGCUCGUGAUCAAGGUGCUCCGCGAGUGCGAACGCUUUUACGGCGAGGUGGAGCUGCGCAUCAGCCGCAUCACCGCCGACGUCUACAGCGGAGAUGUCCUCUUUGAGUGGCCACGUGCCGAGGUCAAGUCAGGCUUUCGCUAG